UAGACAUAUAUGUAUAUGUAAAAUAGACAUAGCUCACAGAUAACCAAACCCUGCUUUAUUACUGCGAGGAUUGCCAAGAAUUUAGAGAUGUAUUUGUCAAGAUUCCUGUCAAUUCAUGCCCUUUGGGUUACAGUGUCCUCAGUGAUGCAACCCUACCCUUUGGUAUGGGGACAUUAUGACGUGUGUAAGACUCAGAUUUACACAGAAGAAGGGAAAGUUUGGGAUUACAUGGCCUGUCAGCCGGAAUCCACGGACAUGACCAAGUAUCUCAAAGUAAAACUGGAUCCUCCGGACAUUACCUGUGGAGACCCUCCCGAGACAUUCUGUGCAAUGGGCAACCCCUACAUGUGCAAUAAUGAGUGUGAUGCAAGUACCCCUGAGCUGGCGCAUCCCCCUGAGCUGAUGUUUGAUUUUGAAGGAAGACAUCCCUCCACAUUUUGGCAGUCUGCUACUUGGAAGGACUAUCCCAAGCCUCUCCAGGUUAACAUCACUCUGUCUUGGAGCAAAACCAUUGAGCUCACAGACAACAUAGUUAUUACCUUUGAAUCGGGGCGUCCGGACCAAAUGAUCCUGGAGAAAUCUCUCGAUUAUGGACGAACAUGGCAGCCCUAUCAGUAUUACGCCACAGACUGCUUAGAUGCUUUUCACAUGGAUCCCAAGUCCGUGAAGGAUUUAUCACAGCAUACGGUCUUAGAAAUCAUUUGCACUGAAGAGUACUCUACAGGAUAUAUGACAAAUAGCAAAAUAAUCCACUUUGAAAUCAAAGACAGGUUUGCGUUUUUUGCUGGACCAUGGCUACGCAAUAUGGCUUCUCUCUAUGGACAGCUGGAUACAACCAAGAAACUCAGAGAUUUCUUUACAGUCACAGACCUGAGGAUAAGGCUUUUGAGACCAGCGGUUGGGGAAAUAUUUGUAGAUGAGCUACACUUGGCACGCUACUUUUAUGCGAUCUCAGACAUAAAGGUGCACGGAAGGUGCAAAUGUAAUCUCCACGCCACUGUGUGUGUGUAUGACAACAGCAAACUGACCUGUGAAUGUGAGCACAACACCACAGGUCCAGACUGUGGGAAAUGCAAGAAGAAUUAUCAGGGCCGACCUUGGAGUCCAGGCUCGUAUCUCCCCAUCCCUAAAGGCACUGCAAAUACCUGUAUCCCCAGUAUUUCCAGUAUCGGUAAUCCUCCAAAGUUUAAUAGGAUAUGGCCGAAUAUUUCUUCCCUUGAGGUUUCUAACCCAAAACAAGUUGCUCCCAAAUUAGCUUUGUCAACAGUUUCUUCUGUUCAAGUUGCAAACCACAAGAGAGCGAACGUCUGCGACAACGAGCUCCUGCACUGCCAGAACGGAGGGACGUGCUACAACAACGUGCGCUGCCUCUGCCCGGCCGCGUACACGGGCAUCCUGUGCGAGAAGCUGCGGUGCGAGGAGGCGGGCAGCUGCGGCUCCGACUCCGGCCAGGGGGCGCCCCCGCCCGGCUCCCCCGCGCUGCUGCUGCUGACCGCGAUGCUGGGCACCGCCAGCCCCCUGCUCGUCUAG